AACUCUCCUGUUUACAAACAACUACAUUUUUCCUUUCAUUUUGAAGAUUCUGUAGUUGAAUUUUUAUUUUGCAAUACUUACAGGAACCUACUCAAGUAUUUGAAUGUCAUUGCAGGAGAGCAUGACUUAAGAAUCAGGGAGAAUGGAGAGCAGACACUCCCUGUUAAAUAUAUCAUUAAACAUCCAAACUUUGACCCACGAAGGCCGAUGAACUAUGACAUAGCCCUUCUUAAGCUGGAUGGAACCUUCAGCUUCAGUUCAUCAGUUUUGCCAGCAUGUCUUCCUGAUCCAGGUGAAAAAUGUGAAGCAGGAUAUAUCUGCACUACUUGUGGCUGGGGCCGUUUAAGAGAGAAUGGAGUGCUCCCUCAGGUUUUAUAUGAAGUCAAUCUACCAAUUCUAAAUAGUAUGGAAUGUUCAAGAGCAUUGUCAACUUUAAAGAAGCCCAUCCAAUGUGACACUGGACUGUGUGCUGGAUUUCCAGAUGGAGGAAAAGAUGCCUGUCAGGGAGAUUCUGGCGAUCCUCUCUUGUGCCAACGUAAGCAUGGUGCCUGGAUUCUCGCUGGUGUGAUUUCCUGGGGGAUGGGAUGUGCUCGUGGCUGGAGAGGUAAUGAGAAGAAGAAACAUUACAAAAGAGGGUCUCCUGGAAUAUUCACAGACCUCACUGCAGUGCUUUACUGGAUUCAAGAAAACAUGAGUGCUGAUCUGAAAAUGAAAAGUUCUACACCAUUUUGUAGUGUUCAGGAUGGCAAACUCCCAGACAGUGAAGGAGAAUUAAAUUUUCCGGGAAGUUCUAAACAGUUCUAUCAAAACCAUCAAUUGUGUGUAUGGACUCUGUUUGUAUCAGAAGGAAAUUAUAUAUUGCUUCAUUUUUCCCACUUCGAUAUAGAGCUGGAAACAUUUUGUGACUAUGAUUCUUUAUCAGUCUACUCAAAAGAACAGACUUUGAUUAUUCUCUGAAAUUUUGUUUCAGGGAAAUUCUGUGGAGGAGAUCUUCCAUUACCUAUUUUGAUUGGGUCCGAUAAUAUAAGGCUGAAAUUUGUUUCUGACAACAAGGAUCAUGGAACUGGUUUUUCUAUGACUUACAAAACUCUUACACCAGGUGUUCUUCCUGAUUCUGGCUGUGAGUCCUUAGCUGUCCUUUUUGAAGGAGUGUUGCAAAGUACGCACUAUCCAGAGCAUUACAGCAAUCUGGCAGACUGUCGAUGGAUUAUUUGUGCGCCAGAGGACCAUGUAAUAAAGCUUACAUACCAGUCUUUUGAAGUAGAAGAGAGUGAAGAUUGCUCUUAUGAUGCUGUUACUGUGUAUGAAGAUGUGGAAAAAGAGGAGGAAACUGCUAGAUCAUGUGGGUUUGUCCUACCAGUGCCUGUUCUAAGCUCUUCUUCCAUGAUGCUGGUUGUCUUUCAUUCUGAUGAAAUGGAGAACUUUGAAGGAUUCAGAGCUACAAUCACUUUUGUGCAUGUUACAGAUUUAGAUACUUUGGAUUCUGCUAGUGUAGAAGUAUUUGAAAAUACGAAUAUGACUGAGGAAGAAAUGCAGGUUACAACAGAUGAUGUUUGUGGAAUGCUUUCAAAUCAGCCGAGGUUCAUCUUCAGUAGGAUAAUUGGAGGUGAAGAGGCUGUACCACACUCAUGGCCUUGGCAGGUCAGCAUACAAAUUUCAGAUCAACAUAUCUGUGGAGGAGCACUUCUUGCCAAAGAAUGGGUUGUCACAGCUGCUCACUGCUUUAAUUCUAAGGAACUAUACAGAAACUUAUGGAUGGUGGUCACAGGAAUUCAUGAUCUUACAGAGCAAGAAUACAGACAGAAAAGAUCAUUAAAGCAAUAUAUUAUACAUCCAAGCUUUAACAAGACCACUAUGGACUCUGACAUUGCUUUACUGCAACUGGCUGAGCCCUUAGAAUUCAACCACUAUGUGCAUCCUGUGUGUCUCCCUGCGAAGGAAGAAGUGGUUCAGCCCUCCAGUGUAUGUAUUGUCACAGGCUGGGGAGCACAGGAAGAAGAUAGGGAAAAGAACAAAAAAUUGCGUCAGCUGGAAGUUCCCAUCUUGAUGCUUGAAGCAUGUCAGACCUAUUACAUAAAUCUUCCAAGUAGAGUGACUCAGAGGAUGAUCUGUGCUGGGUUCCCUCUGGAAGAAGGCAAGGGUUCAUGCACAGGUGAUUCUGGUGGCCCAUUAGUUUGUCCUUCAAAAGAUGGCUCAGGAUUUUACACCCUUAAUGGAAUCACUAGCUGGGGCUUGGGCUGUGGAAGAAAGAGCUACCCAAGAGUAUACACAAAUGUUGGUGUUUUUGUGGACUGGAUCAAGCAGAGCAUUAACAGUAGCGUGCUUUUCUAUGAAAAUCACUCUGUGAGAUUUGGUUUCCCUUGCAUCAACCAUGGUCCCACUUGGCAAAACAUUUUGUGUCCAAAUGUAAAGCCUUCAGUACAGGAGAGAUGUGGACCUCAUGGAGCAUGUCCAGGGGAGGGCCACAAGAAUGAAAAUACUACAUGGCUAUUGAAAACUCCAAGGAUCUUUUACCUAUAAAAGAAGCAUGAACUGUUUUGUGAUGCAAAUAAAAUGUGAUACAAGAAAUUAAAAACAA